ACAACCAUCUUACCAACAGCUGAACAACCAUCUUGAACAACCAACAGCUGAACAACCAUCUUACCAACAGCUGAACAACCAACAGCUGAAAAACCAUCUUACCAACAGCUGAACAACCAUCUUACCAACAGCUGAACAACCAACAGCUGAACAACCAUCUUACCAACAGCUGAACAACCAACAGCUGAACAAUCAACAGCUACCAACAGCUGAACAACCAUCUUACCAACAGCUGAACAACCAUCUUACCAACAGCUGAACAACCAUCUUACCAACAGCUGAACAACCAUCUUACCAACAGCUGAACAACCAUCUUACCAACAGCUGAACAACCAUCUUACCAACAACAGAACAACUUAACUAGCAGGAGGAAGAGGAGGAGCGUUUGACAAACAGGACGACCUGUAAGCCUACCUGGCGACCUCUUCACUGAGAUGCGAAGACGGUUCUCGAAGUCGGGGGUAAAGACCCCAAAAACCUCCGAACCCCAGGCCUCUUCGCUUCCCACCCCAAGCCUUGCUGCAGCGCUAGCCCGGCGAAGGUUCACCCUGAGUGGGGCAGCUGACAGCCAGAACCAAGGACUGCCGGUCUACUGCAGAAUGCCAUUGUCUCGUAGCUUCCUGUCUGAAGACCAGUUCCAGUGUUCCAUCUGUCUGGAUAUCUUCAUAAACCCCGCCUCCACUCCCUGUGGACACUCCUUCUGCAUGGCCUGCAUUGGUCGGCACUGGGACGGUGCUAAGCUCUGCCAGUGUCCUCUCUGCAAAGAGACCUUUAAGAAGCGUCCGGACCUUCAGAUUAACCGGACCCUCAGGGAGAUCACAGAGCAGUUCAAGUCCAUGUCCGGGGUGUCUCGGUUGGGCAGCGGGACGUGGAGAGGUGUCCUUGGGGCUGGAGGUGAGGUAUCUUAA